AUGUCAACCGUCGUACUGGAAACCUCCAUGGGAGAGAUCACCAUCGAGCUCUACACAGAGCACGCACCAAAGACCUGCAAAAAUUUUUAUGAGCUGGCAAGGAAAGGCUACUACAAUGGAGUCGUCUUCCACCGCAUUAUCCCAGACUUUAUGAUUCAAGGAGGAGAUCCAACAGGCACUGGCCGUGGAGGCAAAUCCAUUUAUGGAGACAAGUUUGCUGAUGAAUUCAACUCAGCUCUGAAGCACUCGGGAGCCGGCAUCCUCAGCAUGGCCAACUCUGGACCCAACACAAACGGAUCACAGGCAUAUGCCAGCGACCGUCCCAAGGAGGCCGUCAAGAUCAUUAGUGCCCGAGUCGAAUAA